AUGUCCAACUCUUCACGUCUUUACUUCUUCCCACAAGCUUCCCCUACGCCACCCUGUCCUCUUGGCCCCUCUCUGCUAAGGCCUUACUCCCUGGUGGAUGUCCCAGACUCUGAGUGGCGUCUGAGUGGCCGAGGUCCCACCAAUGCAUCCUCUGAGUUUCCUUUUCCUCUGCAGGACACUGGCAACCAGGAGCAGCCACUCACCAGGAACGGUUGGCCUGCUGCAAACAGCCCAGGUCCAGCACUCUGGAAAGACUGUAAAGAGGCCUGGGGCUGCGGAUGCUGUCCUGGGGCAAAGCACCGGGCCAGGAGGGAAGGCAGGGUCUCCUGCCUCCCCCUCUCCCUAGGGAGCAGCUGUAUCAAAUAUCUGACUUUCCUCUCUAACUUCCUCUUCUCCCUGCUGGCCUUGCUGGCCCUGGCUGCAGGGCUCUGGGGCCUAGCUGUUAAAAGGUCUGUGGGGAGUGACUGGGAUGGACCGUUGCCGACCGAUCCCAUGUUAGUGCUGGUGCUGGGAGGCCUGGUGGUCAGCGUGGUGAGCCUGUCUGGAUGUCUGGGCGCUCUCUGUGAGAACAGCUGCCUACUGCGCUGCUACUGUGGGGCUGUCCUCUCCUGCCUGGCACUGGAAGCCCUGGCAGGGGCUCUCGUGGUAGCCCUGUGGAGUCCACUGCAGGACAGCCUGAAGUACACCCUUCAGGUGGCUAUCGUCCACUACUGGGAUGACCCAGACCUGCACUUCCUCCUCGACCAAGUCCAGCUGGGGCUGCAAUGCUGCGGGGUAGCCUCCUACCAGGACUGGCAACAGAACCUGUCCUUUAAUUGCAGCUCUCCCGGGGUGCAAGCCUGUGGCCUUCCUGCCUCCUGCUGCAUCAACCCCCAGGAAGAGGGAGCGUCAGUGAACACUCAGUGUGGCUUCGGGGCAUUGCACCCGGACCUGAGUGCAGCUGGACAAGCAGUCCACCUGCAGGGCUGCUGGCCUGUACUGCAAGAGUGGCUGCGAGGGCAUAUGCAGACCAUAGGAGGCUGUGCCAUCACUGUGGUCAUGAUCCAAGGGACGGAACUCCUGCUGGCCACCUGCCUGCUAAGGGCUCUCAACAGCUGCCCAAAAGGCAACAGAAGACACUGACC